GUCUGACGUAUGUGAUAGCGCGCUCUGUGAUUGGCUGGCACUGCCCGCCAAUAAACGUUGAAUUGCUGGAUUCAAAUUGAGUGGAAAGCUGAAGGGGUCAGUUAAUCAGCGGGCGCUGCCUCAGGUUGAGGAACGCGAGCUGGGUGCUGCUGGUGUAGCUGCCUCCGCCAUGGCCCACAAGCAGAUCUACUACUCCGACAAAUACUUUGACGAGCACUACGAGUAUCGACAUGUGAUGUUACCCAGAGAGCUUUCAAAGCAAGUACCAAAAACCCAUCUAAUGUCUGAAGAGGAAUGGAGAAGACUUGGUGUCCAGCAAAGUCUUGGCUGGGUCCAUUACAUGAUCCAUGAGCCAGAACCACACAUCCUUCUCUUUAGAAGACCUCUUCCGAAAGACCAACAAAAAUGAACUUUUUUUUCUGGAAAUCUUCUAUUAAAUCUUCUGGAACUUUAUGUAUAUGAGUGUAUAUAUGUUGGUAGUAUUCAGUGAAUACUUGAAAAAAAUGUACAAAACAUACAUCCGUAUCUGUGCAUGAGCUGUAUUAUUCACAGCAACAGAGCUCAGUCAAAUGCAAUUCCAAGUAGGCUGCUAUGGUGUCUAAAGAUUAAUAAAAACAUAUCCCUUUACUGUAAUAUAAAUGCCUAUUUGACUUUUUAUUAAAUUACUUUUGUUUAAUAAAGUGUUCAUGUUGCAUGUCUA